AUGACCAUGGCUGAGCUGGCAGCCAUGGCUGGAGCGGGCAGUGAAAUCGCAGACUACUUGGAGGCUCGUGGCAUUAAAGCUGUCGCAACCCUAGCCUUGCUGGCCACAACUGAGCAGGCGGCAGAACAUAGCUUGGUGCGCCCGCUCUUGGAAGGCUUCAAGAAAGGAUCCAUAGACAUCCAAUUGACUGAGGAAGAGAAACCUAUUGCUCAAGCAGUCCUUCUGCACAUGUGGGCAGAGGCCAGGAUUUGGUGGACAGCCAGACAGGCCACUGGCCUGGCUGUUCCAGCUGCGCCGGCAGUGCUGCCCGCCCUGAGCGCGCCUUCUUCUGCUGCCAUGAGUGACAAGAUCCCCAAGACCUUGCCGCCUCAAGUUUGGAACCAGCAGGUUACUCACUACAACUCCAUCACUAUUGGGGGGCGGCCUAGGAAAUUCCCUGAGCAAGAGCUGCUAGGAGCGGAGAGUAUCCUGGCAAGGAUACACCAUGAGCACGUGGUCUCUCGUCAGUACAGCCCAGCCAGCGGAGAGAUCAAUCCCUUGGCAAAAUCCCCAAAGAAGGCCAACUACUUGACUGUAGAGGACAACCUGGUGGUGCAGGAAGAUGAGAAGGCAAGAGCUCGGCCUGCCAAGUUGGAACAGCUCAAGGCCUAUUGGGAAGCCGUUGAUGCGGACUGCGUCGCAGUCAGCAAGGUCAGAACACCGUUCGUGCGCCACAGAGGAGAUGCGCUGAAAGAUGACUACACCGAGCUGGCUGAGCUCAUCAAUGAUGAGGCUGCCGCGGACAGCCUGUUCAUUUUGGUUACAAGCGGUGCACCUUGCCCGGAUUUUUCCCAAGUCCAGAACAGGAAAGAGGGACGUCUGGGCGAAGAGGGCUCCAAAUUCUCUUCGUUUUGCAAAAUACUUCAGGGUUUAGAAGCAGCGUUGGGAAGACACACCUUUUUCUUGUUGGCUGAGAAUGUCGUCAUGGCAGAUGAUUCAGACACCAAAUACUUUAGUGAAGCGCUGCAAUCUCAACCUGUCUUGAUCGACGCGGCCGACGCCGGCCUGAUCUCCAGGCCCAGGCUGUGGUGGACCCGAGUGGAUUGGUCUAAAGCAAAAAUGCACCCUUUCACUGGCCAGCCCCUCCAGUGGACACAACACAACCAGCACAGGCGAUUGCGCCUGGGUUUGCCUGCCACUGACACAACUCACUGGGACAUGGAUGGUCAUGCCCUGCACACAGAUGUACUCCAGCAUCGCAGGCGCGUGCCUUGCCUCACCACACCAGCCCCUGAUGAGCAUGGCAGGGCUCCGCCCAAACACAGUCAUGGUCGCGUGGACCAUGACACCAGACAGCGAUGGCUCCAACACAACAGGCAAUACGCUCCAUGGCAGUAUGCCGAGCACGCCAUGGCCUUGCGCAACGACCAGCUUGUUCCCAUGCCAGCCUUGUUGAAGGAACAGCUGCACAGCUAUCCAGCACACUAUACCAGGGUUUCUAAGGUGACCAACAAGGCGCGUCACCGUACGCUAGCAAACAGUUGGCACGUUCUUGUUGGAGCUUUUAUCAUGGCUUUGGUCCUGCAGGUGCAGCCAGUUCACGCCCACCCAGCGGCAGGCAUGCUGACCGGCAGCUCCGCUAUCCACCAGGUUUUGUCACUGGGCUGUCCCGCCAUGGCGGUUGUCGGCCCCGGGCAGUGGCCUAGUCCAGGCACAGCCUUCCACCCAGCCACCACGAUGAUGGAGCACUGGACCACUGCUUUACAUACACCCCACCCAGCUCAGACAGCCGGCAAGCUUGAGCCAGGAUUGGAAGCGACGCUUUGCAGGCAUCACGCCCACUGGCAAGACUUGCAACUACUCCGCCAAGAAGUGGUGGGGGAAGUGAGAUGCAUGGUCGACGCUUGGCAGCCAACGACACAACACUGGUUCAGACAACUCCCCCCAGAAAUCCAAGGAGUGUACUCAGCGAAUGGCACAAAGUUGGUGACCCAAGUGCCACUUCUCAUUCACCUCCUGAGAAUUUGUGGCUUCGAAGGCGUUGAUGAGUUGGAGGAGGACCUCACAUGUGGCUUUCCAAUGGUUGGGCAGCUCCACUCCGGUAGCGGCUGGCUACCUCGCAGGGAUGGGCGAUACUCACAUCCCAUCUCCAUGUCUCAAUUCCAUGAGCUCAACAGGGCCUACGUGAAGGAGAAACUCCGCCAACCCAAACACAGCCCACACUGGAAAACCAUGCUUGAUGAGCUUCUUCGUGACAAGGCCAAGGGUCGUGUCCAAGGACCUUUCUCGGCGCCUGCAUCUUGGGGGAUACAGACAGUAGGCGUCGACGGGCACCCCUGCACUCCGACGCCUACCAGUGAAGUCUACCCUGCCUUAUGUUUUGCUGUGGAACAGGCAGACAAGAUUCGACGAUGUGAGGAUUUUCGAAGGUCUUCUCACAAUUCCACCAUCUCUGUGGAUGAUUGUCCUCAUCACCACGACCUGGAUCUUUAUGUUCGACUGCUUCAGAGGCUCAAAAGGUAUGACUCAGGCACCCCUUUGAUCUGGGGGCAAGACCUAGAUGCGGCCUAUCGCCAGCUACCGGUCAGGCCAGAUGCAUACUGUUACACUUUGUUGGUUGUCGACACCGGGGUGACCCUUUGGCGCCACACAGCGGCGCCCUUUGGAGCCGCUGCAGCAGUCUGGGCUUUCAACCGUUUUGCUGAUGCGUUGGUCGCCUUGUCUCGACGACUCUUGAUGCUGCCUCUAGGUCAUUUCGUCGAUGAUUUCACGGGGGUCGAUCUUCCUGAUGUGGCCCUCGCAGGAUGUCAGGCCUUCAAAGACCUUUCCAGUGCACUUGGUUUGGACAUGAAGCCAUCUAAGGAACAGCUUCCAGCAGCUUCUCAACGAGUCCUGGGAGUUGUCCUCUCCAUCGCAGACACUCACAUAGAAGUCGCUGCUUGCCCUGACCGAAGAUGCAAGGUUGAGUGCGCCCUGCAAUCUGCGCUGGACAAGAACCCCCUCACUCCGCAUGAUGCGCAGCAGCUGGCAGGUAAAAUGGCAUUCCUGACCACAACUCUGUUCGGUGCUGUCGGACGAGCAGCGCUACUUCCUCUCUACGCAAGAGGCCACGGACUGGGAGAAAAGGUGAACGACAAGCUCACUCAUGGCCUGCGCCAAGCAAUGAUCACACUGCUUUUCAUCUUGCGCGAUGCCAGACCACGCGAGAUACCGUUUGUGGAUAGUGACUCUCAGCGCGCAGUGCUUUACACGGAUGCUUUCUUUGUUUUGGGCAGCUCCUGUUUCAAAGUCGGUGCUGAUCACAUUCCAAGAAAUUGGUCCCCGCAAAGGACACGGGCUUCGAGCAACGGUUGGGGGUUUGUGCUUCAUACCCCCGCAGGGUGUUGGUUUGGUUUUGGAACUAUCCCCAACUGGUUUGUUUCGCAGUUCACCACUAGAAAAGCAUACAUCUACAUGCUUGAAGUUUUGGCAGUGCUGAUCGCAGUGACUUUCAUGCGCUGGCGUCUGCCUCGCUUCCUGACAGUGUACAUCGACAACCAGAGCGGCCGGUGCGCGCUCCAGAAGGGUUAUGGCAAGGACCCGAAGGUGAACCUCAUUGUCAGCGCUUUUUGGGCAAUGAUGGCCUAUCACCGAAUACAUCCCCAUUUCCAGUAUGUGCGAUCUGACCAGAACAUCAGUGAUGCCAUAAGCAGACAAGAGGACACCAGCGCUGUCGCCAUGGGUUGGGACAGAGUUCAGGUUGAUGUUGAGCCGUUUUUGAAGAAGCUUCACAAUGCUUUGAUCUCCACUUGUGCUGACUUGACGAACCUAGUCCAGGAGCUGCACUCUUUCUCUUUUUCUCACACUCUAACACCUCGCAGGUUGGUGGAUGCGAGCUCGGGUUGGCUGCAAUGA